UACCGCUGACUCUGCAAACGACGCGCCCGCGUCCCCGCCUCUCUUUUACGCUCCCCGUUGUGAUUACUGUGUGUGCUAUGCGCGCCUGGCCUGCCGGUGCUGUAUGCGUGUGUGGAUGGGGCUUCCUGAGCCUGAGUGAGAGAGGGAGAGAGUGAGCCGUGUGCUGUGGCUUAUCCUUGUCCUAUGCGGAUUUCAUCAGUGACUGUUUGCCCGAGCUGCUCGCAUCAUCCCGGGUAGGCCGGGAUUUAGACGCUGACAUCCCCAUUCAAGGAUUUCUAUAACAGCAGCUGCUCGGCUCUUCUUUCACGUUUGCCGGUAAUAGGUGCGGGGUGGAUAAUUGUGGUUGCCCUGCUUAGCUGAUCCCAGCGGAGGGGAUAUCAUCGACGCUGAGGACUUGGAGAGGAGGGAAGCAGGGAGGCGAGAGAUGAGCAAUGGGUAAGGGGCGUCCAAUAACUCCUGACAGAGAAGAGGAGCCUUCAUUGCCAUAGCGACCUCUCCUCUCCACCUUCAACCCACAUUUCCCCUUUGACCCCCUUUAUUCACCUGUUGAGCAUUUGUAUUCACUUUCUAUCCUUCCACGUCCUCCAUCAUCUGUCACCAUGACAACCUCAGCCCUGCGCCGGCAGGUGAAGAAUAUUGUGCACAACUAUUCAGAAGCGGAGAUCAAGGUUCGUGAGGCCACCUCGAACGAUCCGUGGGGCCCGUCCUCAUCUCUCAUGUCCGAGAUCGCCGACUUGACCUUCAAUGUGGUGGCGUUUGCUGAGGUGAUGGGCAUGGUUUGGAAACGCCUCAACGACAGCGGCAAGAACUGGAGACAUGUCUACAAGGCCCUGACUCUGUUGGAUUACCUGCUGAAGACAGGAUCAGAGAGAGUGGCUCAGCAGUGCCGUGAGAAUGCAUUCACGAUUCAGACACUGCGUGACUUCCAGUACGUAGACCGCGACGGCAGAGACCAGGGGGCUAACGUGAGAGAAAAAGCACGCCAACUGGUGUGUCUCCUCCGGGACGAGGAGCGACUCCGCCAGGAGAGGAGUCAAGCCCUAAAGACCAAGGAGCGAAUGGCAGGGGGAGGCAGCGGAGGCGGCGGGGGUGGUGUGUACGGAGGCAUACCCCCGUCUUACCACCCAGGCAGGCGAACGAGCCAGCCCAGCAUGGCUGUGCUGUACGGGGAGGAGUUCAGCCGCUCCAGAGGCUCUCCGUCCUCCUUUAACUCCUCGUCCUCGUCUCCUCGCGCCGCCUCAGACCUGGAGCAGGCUCGACCUCAGACCAGCGGGGAGGAGGAGCUGCAGCUCCAGCUGGCCUUAGCCAUGAGCAGGGAGGAGAGUCAGAAGGAGCAGCGCUGUCGCCAAGGAGACGAGUCUCAGCUACAGAAGGCCCUGGACGAGAGCCGGAGAGAGAGCCAGUCAGGGACACAGGAGUCAGCCAUGUUGGACCUGGUGGACAUAUUUGGUACUUCCUCUGAGCCCGCACCUCCUCCGAGUGACCCUUGGAACUCAGCUCAGCCCACCUGUGACAUCACCAGUGACCCCUGGGACUCUGUAGCGGUUCACUCCAGCACUCCUGUGAUUGGUAGCCCUUGGUCAGCCCCUCCCCCUUCCUCCAAUGCGUCCAAUCCUUGGGCCCCAUGUGCCAACUCAGGCACAGACCCCUGGGAAGCAGCACCCGUCUCCUCCAGUCCUGUGAAUGAUGCGUGGGACAGCCCGAUGGAGGGAGGCGGUGACGGGAAUGAUCCGUUCGCUGCACAGGAAGAGGAGAAGCCCAAACAGGAGGUUCCUCAGUUGUCCUCUCCGCAGCCUGCCAGUCCCACAGAUGCAGAGCUGUUUGGAGUAAAGCCGGACUCUGACCCGUUUUCGGCAGCGGAUUCUAAACCAGAUCUGUUUGCAGCCGAGCCUCCUGUGAAACCCCAGGUAAAUGGCAGAGAGUCUGCCAGUCCAGAGAUGUUUGACCUGUCCCGGCUAGCCCCUCCGCUCAGUGCCCCACCUACACGUGUCUGUCGGACCCCAGAGGCCUUUUUGGGACCCACGGGGGCCUCGCUGGUCAAUUUAGACGCUCUGAUACCCUCCAACCCUCCUAGCAAGACGCACAAUAACCCCUUCCUCUCAGGUCUGAGUGCUCCGUCUCCCACCAACCCCUUCCACAGCGACCAGCCUCGCCUCACCCUCAAUCAAAUGCGACCAUCCUCCACCUCCCCGCUGCCCCCUCACAUGCUCUCCUACAGCCCGUCCCUGCCGCUCCCUCUGCCCCACCAGCUGCCCAUCCUCCCCUCCUCUCUCACACAGCCUCCUGCCGGACUCCUGGACCUUCCCUCCAACCUCCCCCAACCCCUGCUCCCUCUCUCUCCGCGACCAGCGGCCCGUACUCAGUCACAGACACAAACACACAGCCACAACCCCUUCCUCUGAGACUCCUGCACCCUUCAAACUCGGGUCUGCAGAGGGAGACGACAGAGAAUGACAGAGACUCUUUUUGGAUCAAUCUAUGCUGACUACAAUGAGACUUGUUUAAAUGAGCCUGAACCGGAUCCUGGUCUGAUGUCAUUGUGCACACUUGAGGUGGAUAAAACCGUGGACUGGAUGUAUUUGUGUCCGUCUGAAGACACAUCAGCUGCUAUAUAACCUGAACUCUUGAAGAAAAGCUAACUUACGCACACACAGACACAGACACACACUCAAACACGCACUCAGGCGCACUUCAGGGUGCACAGACACAAACAUUAUGCACAGACACAAGCAUGCACACACCACCAGACUAACAGGGUGUAUCUCAACAGUCCCUUCGAUGCCUUUUUCCCCAUCAACAGUGACGACUCCGAGCACCCUUUGACCACAGAGACACAACUGUUCCUUUGGAAGACUGGAAUGAAGCCACACACUUUGAUUGUCCAUCAACAUUCACCAGGAUCCUCACCGCUGCUGCUUCACCGACUAAAGCAUGAAUGCACCCCCACCCAUUACCCCCACCCUUACCUCACCCUCCCCUCCUGAGGCUACAAACUAUUCUAUUCUGCUGAGCGCCUGAGAGGAGUUCCUCAAAUAAAUCCUCUGUUUUCUGAUGAGUCAAAUAGUAUCUUGAGCUUUCUUAGCACAAUUGAAUCAAUGGAGACGACUCAAAAGUGUGUUACUGUGAGAUUCAAGAAAACAUACAGCACUGUUCAAGAGCUAAUUGACUCAGGCAUUCCUUCCUACAUGAUGAUAUCUAUUUUGCAUUGCCUUGUUACCUUGCAAGCUCCAUAGCAUCUGGCCCUAAGUUAGCUAAGUUAUUUGUCCUUUAAGGCGAUUAGCUCCAACGGGAUUCAGGUGGAUUCAAAACUGGACUAAACCAGCCUAAGCUAGACCUUACUGUCUCAAUCUAGACCUAAACUGAUCACUGAUUGUACCCUAUCGGACCCGCGUGCCUGUUUCUACAGCUGACCCACAAUGCAUUCCCGGCUGGUUCAUAUUGGCGCCGUUGAGGAGGACCUCAGGGAGGCCGCUCUGUCCCUCCUCCAGAGAGAUUCAAACUUAGUGAAUUGAAAGGCAUUAGUGGUUAUUUCACAUGUGGGCAUCAAAACAAGGGAUGAGGAGAACAGAUAAAGGAGGAGGGAGGGGUGAAUGAGAGAUUAAUAUAAAGAAAGUGAAAUGAUCACAGAUGAUAAACUGAUGUAUUGAGCAGCAGCUCCUCGUUCACCUCUGUUUUAGGAACAAGAGAGUCGGUGACAAGACGAGAUGUUUGGUCAUCACUGCACUGAACCUGGACUUGAAUGUGAAAUGCCUGCCUAUAGAUACACACAGGCUUAGUACAUAUGUAUUUAAUAGAAUGAUAACUAUACAGUAUGAUGAAGUAUUCUACCAAUAAAUGAAUGGUGUUUGCAUUAUAA